ACAAGCAUAAAUGGGUGCCACUUCAUUUAGAUGAUAUGAAGCCAGAUAACCAAGAUAGACCAGGAUCUCGGAACAGUUCAAGAUCUCAGCCAGAAACUAGCAAGCUUGUGCCUCACAACAACAGACGCAAUGAGGCAAGAACUAGCUGGCGAAGGGAUAGGGAAAAGCGAGAAGAUCAUGAUGAAGUUUCUAGCGUGAGAAGCGAAGGUGGCAGCAUUCGAGGAUUUUACAGAGGUCGAGGGAGAGGCAGGGGAAGAGGAAGAGGACGUGGAAGAGGAAAUCCUCGAAUGAACCAUGACUAUUCAUGUGGCUACCGAGAACAAUAUAGUGAAAGAACUGAUCAGCCAUUUCAACCAGAUCUCAGCACUAGUAUGAUGUAUUACUAUGAUGAUGGAACAGGAGUGCAGAUGUAUUCUGUGGAUGAAACGUUGCUUAAAGAAUAUAUUAAACGCCAAAUCGAGUAUUAUUUUAGUGUAGAAAACUUGGAAAGAGACUUCUUCUUGAGGAGAAAGAUGGACCAGCAAGGAUUCUUGCCUAUAUCUUUGAUUGCAAGCUUCCAUCGUGUGCAGGCUCUCACUACAAAUGUAAAUUUAAUAUUAGAGGCCUUAAAGGACAGUACUGAAAUAGAAAUAGUAGAUCAGAAGAUGAGGAAAAGGAUAGAACCAGAAAAAUGGCCGAUUCCAGGGCCCUCUCCACGUAGUCUUCCACAGACAGACUUUUCUCAGCUUAUUAACUGCCCAGAGUUCAUACCAGGCCAAAUUUUUGGUUCACAUACAGAAUCUGCACCAAAUUCUCCAAGAAUAGGGAGUCUAAAUACUAAGAAAAGCAUUGAAACAAGCAGUCUUGAAGUAAUGUCCAAAGGAUUAUCUACAAGCCUCCCAGAUUUGGACUCUGAACCUUGGAUAGAAGUUAAAAAAAGACAUCGUCCCUCCUUAGCUAAGCCAAAGGAAUCUGUGUCUACACGUGAGGAAAUGAUGAAUCAACAACAACAACAACUUUCUUCUGAACAACAAGAACAGGAAGAGCUUGAUUUUUUGUUUGAUGAAGAGAUGGAACAAAUAGAAGGCAGGAAAAAUACAUUCACAGAGUGGUCAGAAAGUGAUUCAGAUUAUGAAAUUGAUGAUCAAGAUUUAAAUAAAAUUUUGAUUGUGACACAGACCCCACCGUAUAUGAGAAAACAUCCUGGAGGAGAUCGAACUGGCAACCAUGUGUCACGUGCAAAAAUUACAUCAGAACUUGCCAAAGUUAUUAAUGAUGGAUUAUACUAUUAUGAACAGGAUUUGUGGAUGGAGCAAGGUGAAAAUGAUUGUAUUGCUAUGAAGCAAGAAGUUGAAAAUUUUAAGAAGUUACAUCUCAUCAGCAAAGAAGAAUUUGACAAUCUUACUCCUGAACAUGUAAUGGAUUCAAAUCAGGAUGAUCCUCCUGGUCCUUCAAAAUCACAAGCUGUUCCUGAAUCUCCUGGAGUUCACCCUACCAGAACACCUAAAACACCUCGUACCCCAAGACUGCAAGAUCCUAACAAAAUACCAAGAUUCUAUCCUGUCGUUAAAGAAGCAAGAACUAUUGAUGUUGGGACACGAAGGAAAAGAAAAACACGGCAUAGUACCAACCCUCCUUUAGAAAGUCAUGUUGGCUGGGUAAUGGAUUCCAAGGAUCACAGACCAAGAACAUCUUCUAUAAGCAGUUCAAAUGCAUCACCACUAGAAGGUGCUCCGCUAUCAGGAAGUUAUGGAUGUACCCCUCAUUCACUUCCCAAAUUUCAACAUCCUUCUCAUGAACUUCUGAAGGAAAAUGGUUUUACUCAGCAAGUAUACCACAAAUAUCGUCGUAGAUGCCUAAAUGAAAGGAAACGGUUGGGAAUUGGCCAGUCUCAAGAAAUGAACACACUUUUUCGUUUCUGGUCCUUCUUUCUCAGAGACCACUUUAAUAAGAAAAUGUAUGAAGAAUUCAGACAACUAGCUCUAGAUGAUGCAAAAGAACACUAUAGGUACGGCCUGGAAUGCUUGUUCCGUUUUUAUAGUUAUGGGCUGGAAAAGAAAUUCAGGCAAGAGAUCUUCAAAGAUUUCCAAGAAGAAACAAAAAGAGAUUAUGAAUCUGGCCAACUUUACGGGCUAGAAAAAUUUUGGGCUUAUCUGAAGUAUUCGCAGUCUAAAACUCCACCUAUUGAUCCCAAACUUCAGGAAUACUUGUUGAAUUUUAAAAGAUUGGAAGACUUCAGAGUUGAUCCUCCCAUUAGUGAAGAAUCUGGGAGAAAAAGGCAUUUACCUGGUGAGGAAAGUGAUCAUCGCAGACAUCAGUCCAACGCUUCUUCCAAGAUCCUUGCUGGUAAUUCCACAGCUGUGUCUCAGGCGUGGGUCCCAAUAAAUUUUCCCACUACAAAUACUGUACAGGAGUUGAAUAACAGCAUACACCAGAACAGUACUGCCACAAAAUCAAGACGCGAUAUACCUGAGCAGUAGACUUUCAGUAAGCUUGAACCUUGAGAUCAACUCCUAAUGCCAGUAUUUUAGCUCAAGGAUCUUCAGGGAGAGCUAUUUUAAAGCUUGAUUAAAAACAAAUGUAUAGGAAAACAAAGAAUCGCAUCUGCUUUCUGACAAGAUUAAGUUCCAAUUAAUUCCCCUUGAUCAAUUAUAUUGGGUUCAGGGAUCAUGAGAGAGAUCCUAGGGAAAUACCUUUUAGUCUCAGUGUUGCUAUCCCCAAGUUACUGUUUAUAGGGGGAGCAUUCCAACAGUAUAUACUUUGGAAUACCUUACAAAUAGCUCAUAUUUUUUGAAGAAGCUAUGUACUUGUGUAAUUUAGGAAUGUUUUAUCAUCAGGUUUUCCAUCAUUAUUUCUACUUAUAAAAGCCAAAAAAAGAAGACAUUUUUAAUUGAGAGACGUACAUAAUACAUGCAUUUAAAUUGAUAAAUGCAUUUUUUUUUCUUUUUCAAUGUAGCACAUACCCAUCCAAUGCCUAGUUCUGAAAUUUGUUUUGCUUUCUGUUUCUUUUAUUUCAGGCUUUUGAGUUGAGUAUGGAGUUUUUAAGUUGGGCAACAGUCUGUUUGGUUUUAAGGAUUUUUUUUAAUGCCGGUUCUUAUUUGUACUUAAGCAAAGUAGUUUGCAAAGAGGAUGGGUUAUGACUGUAUUGUCAUAAACUUAGUAAAUUUUAUAUGUAAGUUUAAGAAAAAGGAUAAAAAGGCAAAUAGGUCUCUAAUCAUCCUCCAGUUUGAAGAAAUAUUUGUAUUUUUCUGUUCAAUUUCUCUAUUGUGUAAGUGACUUGCAUUUCUAGGAGAGAUUAUUUAAGCCAUUUAAUUGUAUUUUAAUAUUUGACAGUUUUAAUUUAAAAGGGAUUUAGAAUGUACUUAGUCUAAAAAAAUUAAUGUCAAGAUGGCUUUAAAUAUAGUUAAAAUUCCUUGCUCUACUAAGACCAACUGUACUGUAAUUGGCCAAAGUGUCACUUUCUUUAAAUGUAAAUGAUUCAUUGAAUAGACGUUAUUUACAUCAGGAGGUGAAAAUUAACAAGAAGCAUCCCUGAAAUAACUAAUUGUAGUUAUUGUGAUUUAAAUACUUAGAAUAAGGGAAUGGAAAUCCUUCUUCCAUAAAGUGGAAGAAGUGGUAGGAAUAGGUGCAUUUUUAUUAUAUACAACAAAACAGAUACUUAGCAGUCUUCAGGUUACUUUCACAAAUAAAGCCUAAUACUGUUGAUGCCUUAUUGCUGGGAAAUACCCUAAGUGAUCCAACAUGUAGAUUGAAUGGAUUUCUAUGCUGGAAACUGUAUGAAGUCCAUUACAUAUUUCUGAUAUAUUGCCUUGAGAAUCUGAAUUUAACAAUUAUGAAUAUAUGUGCAUAUUUGAUAUCAAGAUAAGUGGAUUUCCCAGUCAUUUCUAAAUGCAGACUAGCCUUUAAGAACUGCUGUAUUUUUUGAAGACACUAGGAAUUGAUGAUACCAGUUUUAUAUAGCAUCUUUUUCAGUUUGCUUAAGUUCUACAACUCAAAUCUCUGUUCAAUCUAUGCCACCUCCUCCAUGAAAAUGAUGCAGAUGUAAAUUUGGAUUUAAACUGUAUAUAAAAGAAAUAUAUUUACAUUCAUUUCUUUAAAUCAAAUGUGUGCAUAUUAGCUUUUAGUAUGCAUUCUUUGUGGUAUAUUUGCAGAUUUUAUAAAAAUACAAAAAAAAAAAAAAACCUAUGGUGUAGUAUGUGUUCUUAAGCAGUUUUGUUUAACUUAGUGUGAUAAAUUUUUACUACUCUGAA